CGUUGCUGCGAGUGUAUCGCGUACUUGCUAGAAUUCCAAAUUUGUCUAUUCUCAACUGCGCUUCAGUCUUAAGCACAGAUCCUCACCAUGGCGGCGCUUGCAGCGAAUGUAAUUUGGUUUCGCCAUGGCCUGCGCCUGCAUGAUAAUCCAGCUCUGCAGGCGGCUCUGCUCGAUCAAGAUCAAGGCGUUGCUUUAAUACCCAUAUUCAUAUUUGAUGGCGAGAGCGCAGGCACCAAAAGUGUUGGCUACAAUCGCAUGCGCUUCUUGCUGGACUCGCUGGAGGACAUAAACGAGCAGCUGCAAAAGGCUACAGAGAAUCGCGGCAGGCUGUGGAUUUGCCAAGGCCAGCCGGUGGAUAUAUUCAGGCGCAUUAACGAGCAAGUGCGUUUGAUCAAGAUCUGCGUGGAGCAAGACUGCGAGCCCAUCUGGAAUGAGCGCGAUAAUGCUGUGCGCAAUCUCUGUCGACAGCUGGACGUGGAGUAUGUGGAGAAGGUGUCGCAUACGCUGUGGGAUCCACGCUUAGUGAUGGACACCAAUGGCGGCAUCGCUCCACUGACCUAUCAGAUGUUUCUGCACACUGUGCAUAUUAUAGGCUUACCACCCAGACCAGUGGAUGCGCCCAACUUGCAGCGGGUGAGCUUUGUGCAGCUGUCGCCUGAGCUGGCCGACAAACUGGGCUGCCUGCAGCAAUCGUUGACGCCGGAGCAGUUUAAUGUCUACAGCGAUAACAUGGGCUACUUGGCCAAGACGAACUGGCGUGGGGGUGAGACGCAGGCGCUGCUGCUGCUGGGCGAACGCCUCAAGGUGGAGCAGCAUGCGUUUGAGCGCGGCUUCUAUUUGCCCAAUCAGGCCAUGCCCAACAUUCUGGAGCCGCCCAAGUCGAUGAGUGCGCAUCUGCGCUUCGGCUGCCUCUCAGUGCGUCGCUUCUAUUGGAGCGUGCACGAUCUUUUCAAGAAUGUGCAGCUGCGCGCCUGUGUGCGUGGCGUCGAAAUGACGGGCGGCGCUCACAUAACCAGUCAGCUGAUCUGGCGCGAGUAUUUCUACACCAUGUCGGUGAACAAUCCGCAGUACGAUCGCAUGGAGGGCAACGAGAUUUGUCUGAGCAUUCCCUGGGCCAAGCCGCAUGAGGAGCAGCUACAGCGCUGGCGUCUCGGCCAAACUGGAUUUCCUCUAAUAGAUGCAGCCAUGCGGCAACUGCUGGCCGAGGGCUGGCUGCAUCACACGCUGCGCAACACUGUGGCCACAUUUCUGACACGCGGCGGUCUCUGGCAGAACUGGGAGCACGGCCUGCAGCAUUUUCUCAAAUAUCUGCUAGACGCCGACUGGUCUGUCUGUGCAGGCAACUGGAUGUGGGUGUCCAGCUCGGCAUUCGAGCGUCUGCUGGACUCUUCGCUGGUCACCUGCCCAGUGGCGCUAGCCAAGCGGCUCGAUCCGCAGGGCGUCUACAUCAGACAGUAUGUGCCCGAGCUGAAGCGUGUGCCCCGAGAGUUUAUCCAUGAGCCUUGGCGCAUGAACGCAGAGCAGCAGGAGCGCUUUGAGUGCCUGGUGGGCAUACACUAUCCGGAGCGGAUUAUUGAUCUCGAGAAGGCUUGCAAGCGCAAUAUGCUGGCCAUGCGGGCGUUGCGCCAUUCGCUAAUUGAGCCGCCGCCGCAUUGCCGCCCCAGCAAUGAGGAGGAAGUGCGUCAGUUCUUUUGGCUGGCCGACUAAUCUCGAGUUUUUGGUUCGUUUGUUUGUAUAAUGUUUUAUUUUGGUUUUUCAAUUUGUAAUUUUCGGUUUAAAUAAAAUAUUUGCUACAGUACAAUUUGUUUUUAACAGCUUAUAAUUUGUUAAUGACACAUACUAAUUGGGCUUUAUGCUUUAACUUAGACUUUUAAAUUAAUUCAUAGUUUA